AUGAGCAGCUUCUUAGACUACACGGUGAUGAGCGGUGAAGGUGGCUCAUGCUCUGUCAGGGCUUUCCACUCGGACCACGGGAUUACAACUUUCCAGUCCUGCGCGGCCACUGUCAACAACUGCGGGGCGGAUGACCGUUUCAUGGCGAGCAGGGCUUCUCCUGACGGCAUCCCUCACCAGCCGGGGUCAUACCAGUCUACUGCGAGCUCUCUGGGUCUCUCCUAUGGGGCCCAUCCGGCCUGCAGCUCCAGCUAUGGAGCCCAAAGUUUCUGCGCUACGUAUAACCAUUACGCGCUCAACCAGGAAGUAGACUCUACAGCUGCAUUUCCCCAGUGCGGCCCACUGAUGUAUUCGGGUAACAUUUCUUCCUCAAUGGUCUCUCAGCACCGCCACAGUUACAGUGCCGCCCCCCUGGGUCAACUGCAGUAUACCCACGCUGCCUAUGGCGGCGGGCACGAGCAAGCGACCCCUUAUCCUGGGUGCUCUAACCCGCUGUCACCGCUGCAUGCAGCUCAUCUGGAGGCUUGCUGCUCACCUCUGUCUGAAGGCGCAUCGUCUGCACAGACUUUUGACUGGAUGAAAGUUAAGAGGAACCCACCAAAAACAGGAAGGUCUGGUGAGUACGGUUAUGCUGGUCAGCCGAACACAGUUCGAACCAACUUCACCACCAAACAGCUGACUGAACUGGAGAAAGAAUUUCACUUCAACAAGUAUCUGACCCGGGCACGCCGCGUUGAGAUUGCUGCUGCACUGCAGCUGAAUGAGACUCAGGUGAAAAUUUGGUUCCAGAACCGGAGGAUGAAGCAGAAAAAGCGGGAGAAAGAAGGGCUGCUGCCAGCCAAAGCGCUAUCCUCAGAUCCGGGGGAGAGCAUUCAAGAGAAAAUGGACGAUGCAGCAUCUGAGAAGUCUAUCUCAGCCCCAUCCACUCCUUCUCCCACAUCGUCCACGUUGUCUCCCACGGGGGCUGAUCCUUACUCCUCCAACUGA